GCGACAGAAAACGGGCCUCGGCCAACGUGUUAGUAGCUAGUGGUUCCCCCGCCAUGAUAAACAGAUUCGUCCGCUAUUUUCUCUAAAUAUCUCCCGUGUCCGUUUGUCAUGAGGCAUGAGGAUAAAUGAAAAGUGUAACUAAUUAUCGUCUAUGAUAUAUAACCCAAAGGAAUACAGACCUUCAUCGGCGGGCUACACGAAAACAUCAGACUACCAUUUAAAAAGUGCAGUGAUGACAACAAGCUUUGAAGACGUGUUGGCGAAGCUGGAAUCGGGGCCCUGGAAUUGGCUGAUAUUUCUGCUCUGCUCCUUAUGGGGUCUCUUCGGUGGCAUGCAGACGGUGGCAACGGCAUUCCUCAGUCCCGUGACAGACCAUUGGUGUCACAUCCCUGAGCUUCAUGCUGCCAACUGGACUAAGGAACAGAUAUGGAAUUAUUCAUUACCGAUGACGACGCUGGGAGGUGAAGCUCACCAUGCCCAGUGUGAGAUGUACGUGAGGGAGUACGGCCUCGUGACUAAGCUGACUUGGGAAGAAGCUUUACUUGCUCUUCCUGAAGGCGAGGGAGAGAGCGAGCUUCAGAGGCGGCCUUGCGUCAGCUGGGAUUAUGAUACUGAAAUCUUCAACACUACGCUUAUUUCGGAGUGGGACUUGGUGUGCGGGGAAGAAGGACUCAAGUCGCUGAUCCAGAGCAUCUUCAUGGUAGGCGUGUUCUUUGGAGCCCCGCUAGGAGGGUAUUUCGCUGACAGAUAUGGCAGGAAGAAGCUCAUGACAGGAUCUCUGUGGGUGUUCAUACUUGUCUCCAUCACGGGUUCCUUCUCGCCAUACUACCAGCUCUUCCUACUCUGUCGUUUCCUCAUAGCCUUCACGGGGAACAUCGUCUACCAGACUUCCUACAUCAUCGGUAAGUUUAGAUUAUAUUGGUGUUGGAACUUGAGAGAGAUUGAUCAGAGACUGGAACAAUCAGGAUUCACUCCUGGCAAGUCCACACUAGACCGUAUCCUAGCGCAUCGAGUCAUUGUGGAGCGCCGUCGUGAGUUGGGUCGUGGGUGGCUGGCAACCUACAUCGAGCUCAAGAACGCCAGUGAGACGAAGCCCUUGGGCCUAGAGGUCUCCUGGACUAAAACCAAAAUUGAAGAUUUUGGGAGCCUGUUAGGGGAACCCAUUCAGUCGAUUCAUACUUGCGAGUCGGAGAAGUUACAGACUCUGAAGGCAAUAUAUUCCAAAAUUCGAAUCAGAGAGGUGCCUAAUGAAACUGCCCGGGCUAGAUUCCUAAUGUGCAAUUCAAGUGUAAGUUUUGAAUCAAGUGUUACACCUAAGAGCUUCAGAUUAUUCAUUAAAGUGAUUAAGACUGAGCCCCCCCACCCCCAUACCCCCACACCCAGCUUGCUUCCGGAGUCCCCCAGGUGGCUCGUUCAGGCCGGCAGAUGGAGCGAAGCGGAGAAGGAGCUGCAGAGGGCGGCCAGAUGGAACGGCAGGAAGCCCUUCGACUCCAGCUGGCUCCUUGCGACACUUAAGGAAAUGCAGACAGAAGAAAUCCCCAAAGAGGAACACCCAGACGCCUCCUCCCCCUCCCCCUCUUCCUCCUUGACCGACACGUGCAAGGGCGCCCUGCGAGGCCUGAUGGUGUUCCUGAGGACGCCUGUGUUGAGAAGGAUCUCCCUCGUGAUGUACUUCGACUGGCUGGUGUGCACGAUUGUCUACUACGGGAUCUCGCUCAAUUCGGCCAACUUCAGCGCCGACCCGUUCCUGUACAUGUUCCUCGCAGGCCUCAUGGAGCUCCCUUCGUACACGCUGACCAUCCCCUUCGUCGUGAAAUUCGGGAGGAAGGCCCCCCUCGUCGCCUUCUUCGUCCUGUGUGCUGUGGGGACGCUGGUGCUCAUGGUGUUGCCUGGAGGUCGUGAUACCUGGUGGUUCCUGUCUGUCGUCAUGGCGAGCAAGUUCUGCAUCACCUCCGCCUACCAGGUCAUCUACCUCUACUGCAGCGAGUUGUAUCCGACGUGCCUUCGAACCCGAGGCCUGGGCAUCACGUCGAUGGUUGGCCGCACGGGGGCAAUACUAUCACCCUUCAUCACGGACAUGUUGGGCGUGUACCACUGGGCCAUCCCGAGCACCAUCUUCGGGGCCCUGAGUCUCGUCGCCGCCUUCCUCACCUGCCUUCUGCCGGAGACCAACAACCGCCCUUUGCCCGACACCAUAGCAGAUGUAGAGGCGUUUCCGCUCUCUCGUGCGAGCAACAGGCGCCCGAGUGCUCAUCCAGCCGCAGCAUCCACGGGAGAGGAAGAUGCUGAAGAACCUUGCAUUUCGCCCACCACCGCCACAUCCUCUGUCUGAACGUGUUCCAUUUGUCAUCUGUUUAAUAAAUUUUACGAAGAACUAAA